CAGGACAAUUAUUCUGAGUGACGGACCUUGCAUGCACUUCUGAUUGGUUAUCAUGGGCUUCAUUGCCUUUCUGAAGACUCAGUUCAUAGUUCACCUCCUCAUUGGGUUUGUCUUUGUUGUGAGUGGACUGAUCAUUAACUUCAUUCAACUAUGCACGCUAGCCCUCUGGCCCGUAAACAAGCAGUUCUAUCGCCGAGUAAACUGUCGCCUCGCCUAUUCACUUUGGAGCCAGUUGGUAAUGCUGCUGGAAUGGUGGUCAGGCACAGAGUGCACUUUGUUCUCAGACGAGGCCACGGUGAACACCUUUGGGAAAGAACAUGUCAUCAUCAUCUUGAAUCACAACUUUGAAAUCGACUUCUUGUGCGGCUGGACUAUGACAGAGCGCUUCGGAGUGCUGGGGAGUUCCAAAGUUCUCGCUAAGAGAGAGCUGCUAUAUGUGCCCCUAAUUGGCUGGACGUGGUACUUCCUUGAGAUUGUUUUCUGCAAAAGGAAAUGGGAAGAAGACAGAGAUACGGUUAUUGAAGGAUUAAAACGUUUGGCUGAUUAUCCUGAAUAUAUGUGGUUUCUCCUGUACUGUGAAGGAACUCGUUUUACAGAGACCAAGCAUCGUAUCAGUAUGGAGGUAGCUGAAUCCAAGGGGUUGCCUAAACUGAAAUACCACCUGUUGCCCAGAACCAAAGGUUUCACCACUGCUGUCCAGUGUCUCAGGGGAACAGUUUCAGCAGUGUAUGAUGUAACACUAAAUUUCAGAGGAAACAAGAACCCGUCUUUAUUAGGAAUUCUUUAUGGAAAGAAAUAUGAAGCAGAUAUGUGUGUAAGGAGAUUUCCUCUGGAAGAUAUCCCUCAAGAUGAAAAGGAAGCUGCAAACUGGCUUCAUAAGCUUUACCAGGAAAAGGAUGCUUUGCAAGAGAUGUAUAAUCAGGAAGGCGUAUUUCCUGGCCAGCAGUUUAAACCUCGUAGGAGACCAUGGACUCUCCUAAACUUUCUUUUUUGGGCCACAGUUCUCCUGUCUCCUCUCUUCACAUUUGGCUUUGGAGUUUUUGCAAGUGGAUCACCUCUCCUUAUCCUUGCAUUCCUGGGACUUGUUGGUGCAGCUUCCUUUGGAGUUCGUAGACUGAUAGGAGUAACUGAAAUAGAAAAAGGCUCCAGCUAUGGCAACCAAGAAUUCAAGAAAAAGGAAUAACUGACAGCUGCAGUUCAGCACAUAUAACCAGACUAUGGUAUCCGAUUAACUUCAGUUAAAAAACAACAACAAACACUUAGAAACUAUCUUUUUCUUAAUAACUGAUGACUAAUAUUAAUGAAUAAAACUUGAGCCAAGAAUGAAGAAGUUGGAGGCAUCAACUGAAGAGAAUGCAUCAAUUUUCUGCCUGUUUAAGGAUUACUGUAGUCAAACUAUGGGAGAAAAUCUGGGAUGGAGUAGAAGAAGAAACUAAUUUUUCUUGCUUUGUUGGGGGACUUGGGGGUGGGGGGAGAACAGAGGGCAUUGGCCAUGGCCACGUGCAUCUUCAGAUGACUGAAUACACUGGUUUCUGUCAAGAGCACUACACUCACCUUUACAACAGGAGCCAUUGAAUGUUUCCUCUUGCUAAAGCCAAUGUAAUGUUUGUUGAUUUCCAACAUUUUUUAUUAAUAAGCCAGGAAAAAACAAUCCUCCGUAAUUUAAUUGACAGAUGUUCAUUGGGUUAGAGUCAUUUUGGAAAGGCUGUGUUGUCAUGGCUACAGAUGAAAUCCUAUUUGUAUGUUACACUUUUAUUUUCAGGCAAUGUCUUAAAACUUCUGUAAUGCAAGAGAAAGGAUAGUGGAGUUUGGAAGCAGCGCGUUACUGAUCAGCACAUACCAUAGAACAGAUCUACUAGUAU